GGUGCGCCCUGCAAAAACGAGCCCUAACGAUCCUCCACCGACGCCGCGCAUCUUCUGCUAUUAACGCGCACCCUCCGCGUCCGGCCGCGUCCGUCGGGCGUUCUUAAAGGCGCAGCGACACCUGCAUCGUUCGUGCGUCACAUCGAGGUUCCCCUCACAUCUCAUGCACCGACACCGAAUCCAGCGCCAGAGCAGAAAGCUGGGAAAUACUCGACGUUUAACGGCGUUCGGCGAAUGAACGCGAGCGGACGGACGGCGAGCGUGUUUGAGGUGCUGCGGGUUUUUCCUCGUCGCGUUCGGGUGGAGUCGAGCCACAUACUGAAGUCUGAGCAGUGACACACUUCAGGACUCAAUCAUGAAGGACGGAAUGGCCAAUAACAGCACCGCCAGCAUCUCUCAGGCCCGGAAAGCCGUGGAGCAGCUGAAGAUGGAGGCCUGCAUGGACAGGAUAAAGGUGUCCAAAGCCGCGGCGGACCUGAUGGCGUACUGCGACGCACAUAUACGAGAGGACCCGCUCAUCGUGCCCGUCCCGGCGUCGGAAAACCCGUUCCGGGAGAAGAAGUUCUUCUGCACCAUCCUCUGAGGCCGGGCCGAGCUGCAGGUUCUGCCGUGAGGUUUCCACGUCCCUGGCUGCUGCCGUUGAGCUGUGUUUGAGUGGCAGCCGCCGCAUCUGUUGACGGUCCGAUCCCUCCUGGACACCUGUGGGGGUUUCUGGGGGGGAGUCAAUUAACUGGCAACCCAGUCAGAGCGUCUCAUGUCUCGUUAAAUAGGUUUGUUAUUGCUUCGUAAUUAGAGAACAGCCUUUCUCACUGCUUAUGGGAUGAGAGAUUUUUGUGUUUUCGUUUCGUUUAGACUCAUUUCUCGUGCCACAGAAGAUGUGAAACGCUGGGUGGCCAUUUUUGUAAUGUAAUUAGACAUUUUUAUAAACUUGCGAUAUAUUUGAUAUGCAUUACUGGUCAAAUGUUUGGACACACUUGAGCGAAUCUUCAAAAAAUUCUUAUGCAUUAAUGAUUUAAUUAUUAUUAUUGUUUUUUUUACAAUAAACUAAGGACAAAAACAACAAAACUCAAUAUAAUCAUUUGGUCACCUAUGCAUCCAUACAUAAAAUAUAUUGAUGGAAAUAUGUGACCCUGGACCACAAAACCAGUCAUAAGUGUCAAUUUUUCAAAAUUGAGAUUUACAUAAUCUGAAAGCUGAAUAAAUAAGCUUUCCAUUGAUGUAUGGUUUGUUAUGAUAGGACAAUAUUUGGCCGAGAUACAACUAUUUGAAUAUCUGAAAUUUGAAGGUGCAAAAAAUCAAAAUACUGAGAAAAUCACCUUUAAAGUUGUCCAAAUGAAGUUCUUAACAAUGCAUAUUACUAAUCAAAAAAUUAAGAUUUGAUAUAUUUGCAGUAGGAAUUUUACAAAAUAUCUUCAUGGAACAUGAUCUUUACUUAAUAUCCUAAUGAUUUUUGGCAUAAAAGAAAAAUCAUUAAUUUUGACCCAUACAAUGUAUUUUUGGCUAUUGCUACAAAUAUACCCCAGCGACUUAAGACUGGUUUUGUGGUCCAGGGUCACAUAUAUGUCAAAUCAUAAUCACAAUAAAUUUUUCCCAGUACUGCAUAUAUUUAUCCAUCUGUAGAUUUAAUAAAAAGUCAUUCUCAUCAUUUCGAAUGAUUCAAAUUAGUUUUGUUGACGAAUUGCAAUUUUAUAUGAAUUUAUUUACAAAACUGGAAUUUGAUUAAUGAAUAUCCAAAGCAAGAAAGAAGCUCAAAUAUAAGCGAGAUUUCAUUUGUGUCGCAUGUUUUGAUCUUUACAAACUCCCAGUUGUUUUAUUUCAUAGGUUUCAUGACUUUUCUGUUUUUGAAUAAUAGUCGUAAGAAAAAGAAUCAUAGAUGAAUCCAAAUUUUUGACUUUGAUUUGUAUUUAGAUAUAAAUGUCAAUUUCAUUUUAAUUAAUGACUGCUGAAAAUUAAGCAUUGCAUUACUGGAAUAAAUGUCAUUUUAAAAUAUAUUCAAAUAGAAAACAGCUUUUUAAAAAUCUAAUAAUAUUUCAGAAUAUUUUACUGUAUUUUUGAUUGAAUAAAUGCCUUCUUGAUGAUCAUAAGAAAUAAUAAUCAUAAUAAAGGACGAGCAGAUGUGUCCAAACGUUUGACUUGCAUUGCAUCUGUGAUGCAUUUCCAUUUGGAUCAUUUCCCAUCUCCCCCCAUUUUCCUGUAUGAUGAUAUUCGAGAUAUUUCAAUCAGCUUAUGUGCAAUCAAAUCUUAUCCAGUUUCCAAAUUGCAUUGUGAUAAACAGAACCAGAUACCUCUCUGAAAAGUCCUCCUCAACAUUUAUGAAUACAGUUUUCAGCCUUUCAGACCUGAGAUAUUAAAUCUGAAUUGGUGCAGUUUGAACUCAGACAUUCAACAAUAAUCCUCAUGCUGGUUUCUGGGAUGCGUUUGCCCUUGAGGUGUUGCGUUGUGCGUCUGUAUGAGGUCUCGACCGUACAGAUGUGUUUUCCGCCCCAUCUGGCAUAGAAAUUCAAGCGGGACAGGAGCUUGUGCCGAUAACUGUGAGAUCACAUUAUUUUCCUCUUUAUCACAAAGUUAUUUGGAUAUUUCACCUUCGUACAGACGAUAUUCAAAGCUGAAAUGUGUCAUUUCACAAUUGCAAACAAUUCUAACACGUUUCUAAGUGAAAUCAACCCACAAAUGGCUUACUUAUAAGUGACUUUACUUGUUAAAUGUGUAUUUUAAAGAAAUAGUUAAUGCAAAAAUGAACAUAUUCCUAUAAUUUACUCACCCUUGGGCUAUACAAGAUGUAGAUGAGUUUGUUUGUUCAUCAGAUUGGGAGAAAUGUAGCAUUCCAUCACUUGCUCACCAAUGGAUCCAAUGCAGUGAAUGGAUGCCGUCAGAAUGAGAGUCCAAACAUCUGAUAAAAACAUCUCAAUAAUCCACAACUAAUCCACACCACUCCAGUCCAUCAGUUAACAUCUUGAGAAGACAAAAGCUGCGUGUUCACAUUCACAAAUCACAUUUGCGACCGAAAACUACUGUGUGCGACUAUGAAAAAAUAUUUAGGAGCAGCAGUGCGGCUGACCCCGUCAGCAUAUUUGUGUUUGUUGAGGGGUGCUUCAAAGAUUUCUGUGUGUGUUUGCAACAUUGAGUAAUGUAUCACAGCGAUAUCUCUCAAAUCCUUUCAUAAACAAAGUGUAGAGAGAGUGUGAACAGGAGAUUCAUUGUGCAUUGUAGAGAGCUUCGUUGAUUAUAAUAGGACUUUGUGAGAUCACCAUGAACUUAGAUAAGUGACAGCUUUUAAUGAUUUUUAAAGGAGUUUGUAAAUGAGAUAUUGAUUUAACACAACAGUUAAAUAAACAGGAAGUUCAUAUUAAGUGACUUACAUUGUCUGACCAUAACACUUUUGCCUGAUUUUGCUCUAUUUCGUCAUCAAAAAUAGUUUGAGAAGUCACAACUUGAGCCGCUCCGCAUCUCCAUUCAAACACAGCGCUGUUUCGUUUAUGAAUGAACGAAUCUAGUGAGUCAAUUCAAUUUCCGAUUCAUAAAGAGAGUCACUUGCUUUAUUCCUGAAUGAAUCAGCCGUUCGAACGAAUUAAAUGAAUUAAUGAUUCAGUAAUUAAAUCAGCGACUUGCCGCCACCUACUGGCAGGUUUAAUUUAAUUUUUAAAGUAUUUUUUCAGUUAUUUAAUGAUUUCUAUAUUCAAAAUUUUAUAUUUAAAACAUUAAUCUCAAUAUAAAUUAAUGAAUUUGAUUGCACUCAUACCACCUCUGAGCCUCAUUAAACAUGAAAAUAGACUUCUGAGCUGCCUCUGUAGUACAAAUUAACUUUGUUAAUACCGGUUUCAUUUCAUUGGUAACUUUCUUACUCUAUACUUCUUGUUCUUAUUCUGUUGUUUUAAUUAUAAAUUGUAAAAAGCUUAUAAAAUAUAUAUACAUUUUUUAAAUUGACAUGAAAGAUGACACACUUUUAAUAAAGUUAGAAAAAUGCCAUUACAAAGGUAAAAACAAUUCACUUUAAGGAGUCAAAUAUCACCUCGUAUAGGGAAGACAAAUUUUUUGAUUAUAUAUUACAAAGUGCUUUUAAAAUUUUGACUGUGCUCCUAAAAAGGAAAGCCUGCAUUAAGGCAUUUUAAUUAAAAUAUGAGUCCUUAAUCCAUGAUGACACUUCCUCCAGUGAAAAAAAAAAAAAAAAAAAAUCUCCUGUUGUCUCUUACGUCAAAAUACGGUGCAGAUUUCUCUCCUGAUUCACACCAGGCCACUUUUUCACUGGAGGAAGAGUUAAAAACAUUUUAAUGAUGGAUUUGUUUCUUACAAACAUGCAGCUUUCGUCUCUCAAGAUGAUAACUGAUGGACUGGAGUGGUGUGGAUUACUUGUGAAUUAAUGUUUUUAUGAGCUGUUUGGACUCUUAUUCUGACGGCACCCAUUCACUGCAGAGGAUUCAUUGGUGAGACAGUGAUGGAAUGACAAAUUUCUCCAAAUCUGAUGAAGAAACAAACUCAUCUCCAUCUUGUAUGGCCUAAGGGUGAACUAUUUUUUUAAUAUAAAAGAAAUGACAUGCAUCACCUUUAAAUUCAGUCUGACAUAGAUUUAAAUGACCUUUUUAUUCAACGAACGCAUCUUCCCACAAGCAAACUGGCAGAUUCACCUUCCUCAAAUCACCUCUCUGCUAAUGAUAAUGAUUUCUUCACACUUUCUGAAUGGCCUUACUAACGCUGGCAUGUUUCACAGUAGUUUCUGAGUUGUUUUGCCUGUCCUGAUUUAAACAGCAAGGCCUUUGACUGAAAUGCCAAACGGAGAGCCUGCAUGUGUGUUUAUCUGCUGUGUGUGUGUGAGUGUGUGUGUAUAGAGAGGUGGUUUCUGAGUGCCAAGUACUGUGACUAUGGCGUGUCCUCUACACUGUUAUUUCACAGGCUUUUUCCUAUUCAAAACAAACAAAAAAAAAGCACAAUGUCAACUGUUUUUCUUUAUAUCACUGUAAUUUUAGUCUAGCCUUUGCUAAUUUAUACGAAACCAAGUGUUAUUAUAUAUAAUGCGCAGCACCUGAUUGAGGUGUUGCUUGUGUAACCUGUAUUAAAGCCCCUUUAACGUGUGCCACGGUGGACGGAGGGUCUUUUGACACCCAAACGUAUCUUAUAUCUGAAGAUCCACCUCGGAAAGUGCACAGAUGUAUAUUUGAAAUGCUAACGUUGCAUGAGAUCGCCUUUAAAGGCAGAGAAAACGAAGAGCGUGUAUGUAGGGUGGGUAUUUAAAAUGUGUUCUAACCGCUUAACAUUUCCUUUUAUAAUAGCGCUAAUGCUCCAUGUGUUCAGCGAGAAUGAGGGUUUGUUGGUUUUCCAAGCGACUGAAAUGGAGUCCAGCUGAUUUCUACAGAAUUAUGGUACAAAUAAACCCCAAAAUGUAAAUGAUCUUUUAAAUAAUAUUAUGAUUAUGAUUAUUAUUAUAAAACAUAACUUGCAUGGACUGAUUACCCUAUUUAAAUAUUAGAACUUUGAGAUACCUUGUAAUUGAAUCAAUGCCUAAAUGUGUGGAUUUGUUGGUGCUUUUCUGCACUUUUCUCUUUUAGAAGUCUGAAUGUGUAGAUCUGUGCAGUUGUACAAAUUAAUAAACAUUUUAAAACUG